UAGAAUUUAACAAUCUAAUCAAAUCCUCUUAAUACAUUUCGAGAAUCACCUAAUGACUAAAAGUCAGUUUUGUGUUAUUGAAAUCUCUUUGUGUCGUUUGCAUUAAAAAACUUUGAACAAAGAAUAUUUCAUCUACUUUCUUAUAUUUUAUUGGUUAAAAAACGAUUAAUUUUUCCUACGGGUACAAGACUUUGGAUACAUAAACGAGGUUAAUUAAAGCUAAAUUAAUUAUAAAAAAUUUUCGACUCCGUUGACAGUUUGGUAGAUUAAACCUUGUUUGAAUAUAAUUGUUAGCUCACAUCAAAUAAGAUGGUUUCAAAAUUAGAAUCAUCGAUCAUUCGAUCGAUGUUCUUGAUUAUUUGUUCGACAUCGUUGAUUACUAACGUUGAAUCGAUACCUAACCCAGUUAAAAAAGUGAGAAGUGCAGUUAAUAUAAUUAAUGAUAUUACCUCACUAAUUACCGGUAUGGAUGGUCUGAUUAAUCUCUUUAAAAAUGACAACAGUGAUGAAGAAUUUCAAAACAAAGUGACAGAGAAACUCGACGAUAUUUACAAAGCGUGUUUGAAGAUUGAUGAAGUAAAAGAACAAAUUAGAAAUUUAACUUCUGUCGUGGAUGCAAACGCCAUCCGUGUUAUUUCGGAAAUCACAUUGAGAGAAGAUAUGAACUAUAUUUUUAAUAUAAAUAAUAAAUUGAAUAUAAUAGGGACUAGAUAUAAAAACGAUUUUUUGAGUAUUUAUCCUCAAAUCAAAAAUUACCGUCAUAAAUCCAUCGAUACGUAUAUUUCCUCCAUUAUUGAUAACGACGACUUAAAGGAUAAACUAACGGAGAUUUUGAAAGCAGCUAAGUUGCCUGAUGGUUAUGAUCCUUAUGGAGGAAAAAACAUUUUUGAAAUAGCUGUCGCUUUUUCGAAAAAUGAGAAAAAUAAUCAUCGUGAAUGUAAUAGUAUUUCUGCUUACGAUAAACUAUAUAAUUUUUAUAAAUAUAUUGUGGGAACUGUCACCCAAGGGUACACUAUGAUUAUAAUGGCUUAUGAGUAUCGUAAACUGAAAUCAACUGAUCCGGUUUUCAAUAAAAAUAGGCAACUCGAGUAUCUCAACAUUUAUAAACAAGCUAUCAUUCAAAUAACUAAGUCAGUACAGUUUUAUUUGAACUCGAAUAACAACGUAGACUUCAAAUCGACAAUUUCUUGUGAUCCAAAACCAUGGAAAGAAGGAGAAAAUUAUAUUCGUGUCAAAAACUAUGUAUCAGUGAGAUCUUUCGACACUGGAUUCACUAGGACAGGACUUGAUAGGAGAGGAAUAGAAUAUGAAUGUGAAGAUUCUGCAGAAUAUGCAGAUUCAGCUAUCCCAGAACUCAUUCUGACUAAACAUUGUUUAACUCCAUUCUUUGUAAACGCCCGAGAAUUAUCAUAUUCAGAAUCCCCAGAAUUUCCGACCCGAAUUAUGGAGAGAAAAUGUGUGCUGGGUUAUCGGUCACUGGUAGAAGAGCGUUGUCACUAUGAUAGAAAUUCGGAUCCAACCCUGAGUAUUCGUAAAUUGAGUUUAUUAUUGCAAACUUGCAAAACUGAUAUAAACGAAGUUGUGACGAAUGCGCGAUUCCAUGAUCAAGAUGGUAUAAUUAGCAUUGAAAUUCAAUGUGGAACGUUUGUUGACGGUAAAGUUGAUCCUGAUACUCUUAGAUGGAAUACAGAUGAUAGAAGUUACACAAGAACAAAUCAUCCAAACCAUGUUGUGCUUUCUGGAACAUUGAAAUCAGUAAAUCUGGAUGAUAUUGUAUUACCUGACGGAGAAUUCGUGACGGGAAUGAAAUUCGAAAAAUUAAAUGAUAACCAUUUGUCGUUGGUACUUCAGGGAACUGAAAUGUAUGAUUCGAAUAAUCAAAUUAUCAGUGGUCAAACUAGUUUGCGUUUUCCACAAUAUACCGGAAAUUCGAGAGUAAAUAUAGAUGUAAAUCAACUCAUUACACCUCUGGAAAUAAAUACACAAACUUAUGAAAUGAGUCAAUCGGGAGUUCAUCAUAUCAAUUUCGCAAUAACUAAAUGGUCAAAUAAGUAUACAUCCAACUCGGUAAUACCAUUUUUAGAUAUGCAAUCGGUCAAUUUCGUACCAGCGCUACCACUAGGUGGACUUGGAUUAUUUUACAAAAGUCAACCUGGCUAUGGCGGAUUUUUGGCUUUCAAACAUAUUUCCCCAAAAUAUAUGCAUUUUAUUAGCGACGACUUUGCUGAUCAGUUGGCUAUCACAUCUCCAGGUGCUUAGUCAUUAAGUAUGAAGCACAUAGUGAAGUUCAAAAUGUUGCUAACUUUUAUGGGACCAAACUGAUUAAAUAAUUUUUUCUGAUCAAAUUACUAUGUUAA